GAUUGUAGAAUAUUUUCUUGAGGGAAAAAAAUUAGAAUAAAUCUUAUCACAAAGAAGUACAAAGGAUAGAUGGAUUUUCUUGCUGAGCAGGUAACAAGUCUGUGGACAUUCUCUAUGAAAAUACCUGGGCUGAAGCCAUCUGUCUGCCUGAGGUAAAUGAUGUUUCUCUCCAUAAUCUCACAUGCCUUGAACUAAUUUUUAAAAAAUUAUGAUGCUCAGAACGUGAAGAGUAAGCCCCAUGAGUUAUAAAGCACAAGAAGUGUUUGCUCACUUAAUGUUGUACUGAUAGUUUACAUCACAGGCUGCUAUUAUUAUUAAGUUUUUUUUUAAAUACGCAGUUCAUCUAAGGGCAGCCAUCCUGUGCGAGUCUUGUCCCACCCCUCAGCAUUCAUAGCAGUUCUUGUUAAAUCUGGUGAAAUGCUAAUACUGUUUUUCUGAUACAUACUCUAUGUAAAUAAAGUAGCAAAUACACAUAUGUGAUGGGAAGAGAGUUUCAUCAGUGAAAUAAAUGCUAGUGGUGGUAACACUGCGUCCUGCUCUUUCUGACCUUGUGCAGGAGGCUGGGUCUUAAGUCGCCUGCCCUGAGUCCAUUUUCUUGCCUCAGACGUUUUAUCUGCCCGCAUUCCCGAGUGUGCAGGGCUUGCUCAGGCUCUGGGUCUUGGCCGAGGCGCCCUGGUCCGUUUUCCUCUCUGGCCACUGCUUCCUGUCAAAGCCCAGCAUCUAUGUUGUUUCCCCUUUUGAAAGUAUUUCUGUCCGCAGAGUCAAACUGAAUCAGAUGCCAGUUCUCCUCCGCCUUCUCUGCAUUCAUUCAGCAUCCUGUGCACGGCUUUCUUAGAAUCUGACACUACUUAGUCCAUUGAAUUUUCAUAAUUGGCUUUCCUAACUGUCUUCUCCCUACCCCUCCUCCCUCUUUGUUCCGUGUUUGGCACAUAACGUUCUGUAAAUAUUCAGAACGAACAUAGCUGCUGCCUUUGGAGGUGAUUUUAAACUCUGGUGCUACGGCAGCGGGAGGUGUGGAAACCCGUAUGUGAGGGGAGCAUUCCUUGCUGGCCGUGUGCUGAACUGAGGCAGGCUGCUGGCAUAGAGGAGGCGUGUGCACGCACGCGCGCGCACGCACACGCACACACACACACACACACACACACAGUGCUGCUCUCAGGAAGCAAGAACCAAUGGGAAUGUGGAAUAAUACAAGGAAAACAGACCUUGGUUUUAGCCAGAUACAUCACUGUCUUUUAAAGGAAACCAAACCUUUAGUGGAAGUCUGACUUACGAAGAUACAGAGACUGCUUCGGUUGAUUCAGAAUGGGAACGACAAGUGAUGAGAUGGUGUCUGUGGAACAGACUUCCUCUUCCUCUUUCAAUCCUCUGUGUUUUGAAUGUGGCCAACAGCACUGGACAAGAGAAAACCACUUGUACAACUACCAGGAUGAGGUGGAUGAUGACCUGGUCUGCCAUAUUUGCCUUCAGCCUCUGCUGCAGCCGAUAGACACCCCCUGCGGACACACAUUCUGCUGCAAGUGCCUCAGAAACUUCUUACAGGAGAAAGAUUUCUGUCCAUUGGACCGGAAAAGACUUCACUUUAAGUUGUGUAAGAAGUCUAGUAUUCUAGUUCAUAAACUUCUAGACAAAUUACUGGUUUUAUGUCCGUUUUCUUCAGUGUGCCAAGAUGUAAUGCAACGCUGUGAUCUGGAGGCGCAUCUUAAAAACAGAUGCCCUGGAGCUUCCCACCAGAGAGCUGCCCUAGAGAGAAGGAAAACUAGUAAAACUCAGACAGAGACUGAGAAUGAAAGUGGAACUCCUGUAAUAGAGCCUCCAGGUACUUUAUCCCCUGAAAUGGACUGUUCAGGGAUGGGCACGGUGCCCGCCGAGCGGUCCCUGACCUCAGCGUCCCUUCCCGCCUGGACCGAGGAGCCCGGCCUGGACAACCCCGCCUUUGAGGAGAGCGCCGCCGACACCACACAACAGCCACUCAGUUUACCAGAAGGCGAAAUCACCACAAUUGAAAUUCACCGGUCUAAUCCUUACAUUCAGCUAGGAAUUAGCAUUGUGGGUGGCAACGAAACACCACUGAUUAACAUUGUCAUCCAGGAAGUCUAUCGGGACGGGGUUAUUGCCAGAGAUGGAAGACUCCUUGCCGGAGACCAGAUUCUCCAGGUCAACAGCUACAACAUCAGCAGCGUGUCGCACAACUACGCGCGGGCAGUGCUGUCGCAGCCCUGCAGCACGCUGCAGCUGACGGUGCUGCGACGCCGCUUCGGCCGCGCGCACGGCCACCCCGACGGCGCGCCCCGGGAGGAGGUCUUCCAGGUGGUGCUUCACAAGCGCGACUCCGCGGAGCAGCUGGGCAUUAAGCUCGUGCGCAGGACCGACGAGCCGGGCGUCUUCAUCCUUGACCUGCUGGAGGGCGGGCUGGCAGCCCAGGACGGGCGGCUCAGCAGCAACGACCGGGUGCUGGCCAUCAACGGCCACGACCUGAAGCACGGGACGCCCGAGCUGGCCGCACAGGUCAUCCAGGCUAGUGGAGAGAGGGUGAAUUUAACCAUUGCUAGAACGGGGAAGCCCCAGCCGGGACACACUGUCCGAGAAGCAGGAACGCAGAGCAGCAGCCAGCACCACGCACAGCUGCCGGGCCACAGCAGGCCCAGCUCACACAAGGAUCUUGCCCAGUGUGUUACAUGCCAAGAAAAACACAUCACUGUAAAGAAGGAACCUCACGAGUCGCUUGGCAUGACAGUAGCGGGGGGCCGCGGGAGUAAGAGUGGGGAGCUACCCAUCUUCGUGACCAGCGUGCCCCCUCAUGGCUGCCUCGCACGGGACGGCAGAAUCAAGAGAGGUGACAUCUUGUUGAAUAUCAACGGCAUUGAUUUGACCAAUUUAAGUCACAGUGAGGCUGUUGCUAUGCUGAAAGCCAGCGCUGCGUCCCCCACAGUGGCCCUGAAAGCACUGGAGGUCCAGGUCGUGGAGGAGGCCGCACAGGGCCUGGAGGAGCAGCUGAGCACCGUCAGCGAGAACGAGUACGACGCCAGCUGGUCCCCGUCGUGGCUCAUGUGGCUCGGGCUGCCCAGCGCCCUUCGUAGCUGCCACGAUGUGGUUUUACGAAGAAGCUACUUGGGAAGCUGGGGCUUCAGUAUUGUCGGCGGCUACGAAGAGAACCACACCAAUCAGCCUUUCUUCAUCAAAACCAUUGUCCUGGGAACGCCUGCCUAUUAUGAUGGAAGAUUAAAGUGUGGCGACAUGAUCGUGGCCGUGAACGGCCUGUCAACCGUGGGCAUGAGCCACUCGGCGCUGGUCCCCAUGUUGAAGGAGCAGAGGAACAAAGUCACCCUGACCGUUAUUUGCUGGCCUGGCAGCCUGGUAUAGACUUUGAAGCUGGUUUUGAGUCAGACACCUUCCUGUUCAGGAUUCAGAAAGAAAACCCUUCGGUUUUGUUGCGUUUGUCAGUCAGGGGCCGCUCACACAGCUGGUUCACGUGGGGCCAGAGCCACUCGGCUUGUCCUUCGUUGGCUGCUUCCUCCAGUCGCCACAUUUCUCUCAGCUCCGGGACAGUCUUCCAUAGCACUUGCAGGAUCCCACUUUCAGAAUCCAGACUCUCGUGGUCAGAUCGUGACCUGCCCAGACUGUGAGCCAGCUGGAUGGAUGACUUACUCGUGGUUCUUUGUUUGCAAUAACUGAGUCAUAAAACGAGUUCCGCGCGCCCAGGAGGCUGUCAGUGAAGACGGCGGCCCUGGCACUCGCUGCCUGGCGCAGCCACUGCUGUGCGGGGAGGGGGGCGCGUCCUCUGGCCGGGUAAGCCUUUCCCACUGCUCAUCGGUGCCAACAUUUCAAGACUUCAUACUGUUUAUAAGGUGAUUUUUCUGGCUUAUUUUAUUUCUACUUUAAUCUCUCAGUACUCAUAGAUGAAGACGUAAGUCUGAGGCCACUAAAGAGAUUAUUUUUAAAAUACCGUACCGUGAUUAGAAUAGUAAGAAUAAAGGAUGCUACCCAGUGACGAAGGAAUCUGGGCGGUAAUUACAGUUUAGUACUGGAGGUGAUAAAAGCUGCAUUUACUUGAACAGUCCAAAAGCAUUAAAGAUUCAUUUCCAAAGGAAUGUUUUGUUAUGUAGGAAAAUUUUGAAGCAGUUUUUGCUAAAAAUCGUUUUCUAGAGUUUGUAUUAUACUUCUAUCAGCAAACUUGGCUGGGAAUGUUUUUGAUUUAUGCAACUAAAUUAAAUGAUAAAAAUAAAACCAUGUUGCUUAAACACACUCAUAUAUCACAGCUAAGCAGAAGAAAGACCUUUUUUUAAAAUUUUAUUCUGUUAAAGAAUCUUGAGUGUUUUUCCCCAUUUCUUAAUUUCAGGAAAAAGUCUGAAAAGUUUUUUUUUCCCCCUGAAUAGUAAGUUUCAGAUGUUAAUAUCUUUCCAUCAGUCCUUGGUCAAUAGACUCUUUUUUUUUUUUUUUUAGUAUUUUAAUAAACUGACCGGCCUAUUUUGUUUGCCCUUUAUUCAUCACAGUUGACCGUUGGAAGAACACAGUGAAUAAGAGAAAAAUCUUUACCUUAUUAAUAUUAUGCAUACUUGAAAAGUUUCAUUUAGAAGCCUAGUUCAGAAUCUGAGCUAAUUUCAACUGACCUCUGUAAUUAGUGGUGUUCAUCAGAGAAUGUAUUUCAAAAUACUAGUGUAUCAUGAAGCCUGACCACUUUAAAACUCAGCAAUUGCAUUGCUGGGGUUUACUGUAGCUACAGCUUGUUACAGAUUAUUCCAGUUAUUUUCAGUGAUUUUUUUUUUUAAACCUAUCUCUUUUGACUAAGAAAUGGCAAAAUAAUCGUUACUGACUUAUUCGAACCCUGAGCCACACUGUAUGGUCAACAGUUAACCAAGACACAGUGGAAUGCCCGUGCAGUACAUUACUGUUAUAUGAUGACUGGCUUUUGAAGCAAUUUGAUAUUGAAAUACUUUGUUAAUCUAAUUGACAUGAACAACUUUUUUUUCCUGCUCCCCAAUAGAAUUUUGCAAUCCACUUUGCUUUUGUCUUAAAAAUUUUGUAAGAAUGCAUCAUUCUUGGGGAGUGACCAUCCAUCAGCAAAUAUGCUAACUACCGCUUGGUUAUAAAUACAAUGCUUACAGUGAACCUGGUGGUAUAAUGAGGAUUUUGAAAGAUGACCUUUCAUUUUUAUCAUGGAAAUCUUAAUCAGCUUAAGCUAAUUUGGUUUUUAUUAAAGACUAUAGCUUUUGGUCAGAAUAUUUGGUGAUGGAAACUUGUUCAUAAUUCAUUGUUACUGUCGAAAUAUUUGAAUUCUCUCGUUUUAAGCUCAGUUAAAUAUUUUGAUUUGUUCUGUGCCUUCAGUUUAAGUUACUUCAGGACCUUUUCAGAUGUAUUUAAGUAACGGUGUGAUCAUCAUUUAGGAUGGAAAUAAAAGCCCUCCUUUCCCCAAGA